AUGUCAGAACCGGUUGAGCAUGCAAACAUUGUCGAAACCAUGACCAUCAGACACGAUUCCAAUGCCGUUGAGGCUCGCAAGCCUGCCGUGCAGCCCUCACAGGCGAAGCUAUUCACCUUGGAUGAGAUGAUCAAGCGUCGCGCCGUGGAGCUGGGAGAUACGAUCUUGAUGGGUGCGCCAGAGACGGGUGUUGAUGAUUUCAAGGAGCAUAGUGCAGUGGACAUCGAUAGAUAUGCUGAUGCAGCUGUUGCGAGAUUACAGAGCCUGGGUCUCGAGCCUGUGGAUCCAACGCUUGAGAAAGCACCAGUUGUUGGCAUGCUGGGUCAAUCAGGUAUUCACGUGGUGAUACAAAUAAUUGCUCUCAACAGAUUAGGAUACUCUUCAUUUCUCAUCUCAACAAGACUUGCAAGCCCAGCUAUCACCCAGCUUCUCACCCUGGCGGAUUGCAAUGUCAUCCUUACAACACCACCUUUUCACCCCGUCCUCAAGGAAGUUCAACAAAAUCGCCAGCUUGAGGUUCUUCCUCUUCUGCAAAGUGCAGAUAUCUUCCACCACAAUGCACCAAGAUUCGUCAGAGAUUAUAGCCCCGAAGCGGAAUCUCGCAAGGUCGCUGUCAUUAUCCACUCUUCCGGCUCAACAGGUCUUCCCAAGCCGAUCUAUCUCACCAACUCAAGCUGCAUCGGAGCUUUUGCAGUCCACAUGAACAUGCGCGCCUUUCUCACAUCGCCAUUCUUUCACAGCCAUGGAUUCUACGAGGUUUUCCGAUCGAUCUACUCCGGCAAACCGAUUUACUUCACAAACUACGGCUUGCCUUUGACAAGGGAGACGGUCAUGGCGCAGCUCAAGGCUACAAAGCCCGAGAUUUUUCAUUGUGUACCUUAUGUCAUCAAGUUGCUUGCUGAGAGUGAGGAGGGCAUUCAGAUGCUGGCUGAUAUGAAGCUUGUCCUUUAUGCGGGAAGUGGAUGUCCCGAUGACCUGGGUGAUAGACUCGUUGAGAGAGGCGUUAAUCUCUGCGGCAACUACGGAGCGACCGAAACUGGAAGACUCGCGACCUCCGCCCGUCCUGAAGGUGACAAGGCAUGGAACUAUAUCCGUGUCCUCCCUCCAGCAGAGCCCUACACCAUCUUCGAUGAAGUCGCCCCUGGCCUUUUCGAAUGCGUAGCUUUAGAUGGUCUCCCAUCAAAGAGCACUACCAACUCAGAUAGCCCACCAGGAUCUUUCCGCACUCGAGAUCUCUUUACGCAACAUCCCACAAGGCCUAAUCUCUGGAAAUUUGCUUGUCGCUUAGAUGAUCGCUUCACCCUCAUCAAUGGCGAAAAGGUUCUUCCCAUCCCCAUUGAGGGUCGUAUCCGACAAGAAGAGAUUGUCAAGGAAGCUAUUGUCUUUGGCGAUGGGAGGACAUAUCCUGGUAUCCUUAUAGUCAAGGCUGAUCGGGUGGCCAACAUGCCUGAUGAUGAAUUCCUCGAUGCUAUUUGGCCGUCCGUCGAAGACGCCAACUCACGAGCCGAGUCAUUCUCACGAAUUCCAAAGGAGCUAGUCGUUAUCGUACCAGCAGAUUCAGCUUACCCGCGCACGGAUAAGGGUACUUUCAUCAGAGUCCCUACAUAUCGCCAGUUUGAGAAGGAAAUUGAGGCUGCUUACAACAGAUACGAGGGCCAAGGCGAUGAAGCCGGCUCUCUCACACUCGAGGGUUUAGAGCUGGAAGAUUACCUUUUACAACAACUGAAGAGCAAGUGUGGCGCGAAUCUUGAAUCAUCUGAAGCAGAUUUCUUUGCCUCUGGUGUUGAUAGUCUUCAGUGUAUUCAGAUGUGGAGUCUCAUCAAGCGAGAGAUCGACCUUGGUGGUAGACAAUCGGAGCUGGGACAGAAUGUGUUGUACGAGACUGGUAACGUCAAGUUACUUGCUCGCCAGCUCGAGAGGUUGAGAAGUGGUGAGAGUGACGAGACGCAGGACCAGCUGAAGAUCAUGGAAGGGCUGAUCGAGAAGUACUCUUCUUUCGAACGCCACGUCCCUGGAUCUGCUCCUCAACCCGAGAAGGAGCUCGUGUUACUCACUGGUGUAACCGGUGCUCUGGGUGCGCACGCUCUCGCCCAACUGACAGCUCGGCCCAACGUUGGAGCAGUAUGGGCUUUAGUCCGAGCAGCCAGCGACACAGCCGCCACCGAAAGACUCUACAGCUCUCUCCAAGCUCGCGGUCUAUCUCUGGACGAAGAGCAACGAAGCAAAGUCCUCGCUCUCCCCUGCGAUCUCAGCCGUCCGGACCUCGGCCUCAGCGAAUCACACAUCUCCGAGCUCCGCACCAAGCUCACAACUAUAAUCCACAGCGCAUGGGCCGUCAACUUCAACAUCUCCGUGCAAUCCUUCGAAGACCAACACAUCAAAGCUGUGCACAAUCUCAUCCAGCUGAGUCUCUCCGUACAAACACCAAAGCCAGCACGCUUCUUCUUCUGCUCUUCUGUUUCAUCGGCGGGAGGAUCACCGCGCCCUGGAAAGGUUCUUGAAGCGCAGGUUCCUUCACCUGCACAUGCUCAGCACACGGGCUAUGCGAGGUCAAAGUAUGUUGCUGAGCAUAUCACUGGUAAUGCUUGUAAGAGUGCUGGUGCCGUGGCGAGGGUUUUGAGAUUGGGACAGUUGGUUGGUGAUACCAAGGUUGGGGAGUGGAAUACUACCGAGGGAAUUCCUUUGAUGAUUCAGACGGCGGUUACGCUUGGUGCUCUACCAGCGUUGAAAGAGGAAAUGACAUGGUUACCUGUUGAUCUCGCUGCUUCAACGAUCCUCGACCUCGCUAGCCUCGGUGCAUCAUCACCUACGGACCGCUCUUCCGACCAUGAUCUAGUCUAUCAUAUCCUGAACCCCGUUCGCUUCCAUUGGGCGAACGACAUGCUCCCCUCCAUGACAAAAGCCGGCUUCAAGUUCGAGACCCUCCCUACAGACCAAUGGAUGGACCGUCUUCGCAACUCAGAACGCGAUCCAGCCAAGAACCCUCCUAUCAAGUUACUAGAUUGGUUCGAGGGCAAGUAUGGCAACAAGGCUGCUUCGUCAGCGGAGAAGGGGCCCUUGGACUAUCUUACAGACAAGUCAAGGGAGGACAGCGAGACGUUGAGAAAUGUACCGGACGUAACAGAUGUGGAGUAUGUUAAGAUGGUGCUCGGACGGUUGCAGACACGAUGGGCGGAGAAAGUUUGA